UCUUCUGAGAGAUGUGGGCUGGCUGCAUUCUCUCUGUGCUCUAGAAAAAUGGCCACACUACAGUCUGACUUGAACCGAAGAGAGCGACGCUAGUCACCUUGUCUGAUGUCAAAUAUCUUUGCUUAACAACCUAGUUUAUCAGAUAACAUUUUCCAGUCUGUAGCCACCAGGACCCUGGAUUUUCUCUCCAGGUUUCAGAAUGAGUUUCAAAUGAACAUGGUAACUCUUGGCUUGCUCAGUGACCUGUGUCCAACCAUGCCAUUGGUAGUGAGCAACCAUAGGUGAGGGAAGCUUGUGUACAUAGGUGUGCAUCAAUAGGCACUGAAUAUUCCUGUCCUGCCUACAAGAUGCUGCACUGAGAGUGCAGGCAACUCUUGAUCUUUCUAUCACACUAAACAUAGGCAGUUCCUACAAACACUAGAUCUCUCACUAUGUGAAAACCUCAUCUGAAAUGCCCCAUGGAGGUCAGUUUUCUGUUUUAUUCGACCUAUGUUGAAACCGGCAGGUCCCACAAAUGUGAAUUCGCUGAAGGUGAUAAUUUACAAGUAAGUGUAUUAAUUUUUUUUUUUUGUGCAGAUGCCAUGGUAAAUAACCUAGAAAUAAAUAGUGGUAAUAAAUAAAGCAGCUGUUUUUCUAGCUGGCAGUAAGAAUUUCCUUUGAUUUAUCAUGCUAGCACUUUGUUCACUUAACCCAUUCCCUGGUGAGAACAGUUUGUCUCUGUGCUUGGGUUGUGCUCUGCUACCUGAAACAGUAGAGACACCGUAUUGAGACAAACCCCUUGGAGGGAAGCAGAGGUUGAGCAAUAGAAUUUAUUUUAUGAGAACAAAAAAAAUAGUAAACUCACAAUAUUCAGUAUUAAACAAAGCUUGUGUUUUUCCCCUUGUUUGUCUAGCUUUUCCUCAGCAUACUCUGCAGGUGUGGUAACCUUGAUCAGUUAAAUCACUUAACCUUGAUUCAAUUCUUACCCCUACUAGGGGAUGUUGUCAUCAUUAUUUAUUUUGUAGUUAGCAAGAUAUGACUAAAGGAAAUGAUAACCAAUAUAUAUGAGAUUAAUAGAUAGCCUUGCCUGGUGUCCUGAUUAAAGAGAAAGUCAAGCCCAAAGUAAUUUUGAGGAGUUUCUAAGAUGCUCAAAUUUAUGCUCAAUUAAUUACCUAAAAGUUAAGUUCCACAUAUUAGAAACUAUUGUGGCAAGGUAUGGUCAAGCUUAUCAUCCCUUCACAAUGAAUGUCUGUAACUGUAAACAUAGUUCUCCAGUCACUGGGAAAAGGCCCUUUUGUUGCUUUUCUAUUAACUUCUGUAAGAUAUUUUUCAGCAACUGCUAGAGAAUUUUUUUCCCCAUGGAUUUGCAAUUUGGACAUUAAAAGAGUAAUAAUUUGGAGCUUAUACUUGUCAUAUCAAACCUUAGCACACAACUGACUUUUUGAGUUUCUUUCUGGUUUAGUGUCUCCCUUGGGGGAAGAAAAGACCAUUUAGACUUUCUUAAAUGUUACUGGGUCAAUAUCUCAUACAAGAGAGAAAAAUCAUAUUAAUCCGAUCUGAAGUUCUGGGCUUUCAGAUAUUAACCCAAACUUGUUUAUACCUUUCUCAGCCUUGUAUGUAAUAAAGAUGAGUAGAGAGGUUUUGAUUUACACCAAGUGUGUCAGUAACAGUAUUACUGUAAAGUAGUAGGAAAGUUUAGUACACUGAAUUCAUACAUUGAAUACAUCUUGGAAGUAAUUGGGAAAGAUUUGAUUCUUUCUCAGAAAUCAGAAAAAGUGAGGAUAAACCUCUUGAGACAAAAGGUGGAGAUAACCUCUGUACAGGACUGGCAAUUAUAACCCCAUUGAUUUCUCACAGUGGUUUUUCUUGCAGAUAGCUGGAGCUUUCCUCAUCCUAAUUCUGUCAGGCAUCAAGAAAGCAAAUCAAAGCCAAGACUUUUUGGGACAUUUAGGGAGCUAAUGCACAGGUUACAAUCUGAAAUUAAAGCAUACUGAAGCAUCAAAAAAUCAUUUUAGAAGCUCCCCACAGUCUUUGAAUCUGUGAUGAGCAAGGAAAGUGGUGAGGACCCCUGCAAACCUCAGUACAGAGAAAUCUCAAUGAGAAAUGAGAUGAUGUGUUUUUCAUGUCCUUCUGCAUUCAGCUUCAAGGGAGUGAUUGGAGAUGCUUACCUGCUUUGCACCAGAUAUUGCAGAGAAGUUCACAGCCCUCCAUUUUUUCACUAUUUUAAAAGCUGCUGAGAAAGCUAAUAAAGUCAGUAUGGAUAUCUAUCCAUAGCCAGAAGAUAACAUCUAGCCAAAAAUAUAAGUGUUCAGAGUCUUGCUAAGUUGAAAUUACUUGAUCUCACAAAGAAAUGCAAUAAUUAUAUUUGUCAAAAAAAAGAAGCAGAUUCUCCCCACUCAGUUACUGGUCUGGUGGGCAAAUUGCACCUCACAGGUGAGGGAGUAAAUGCGGCUGAACACAUCCACAUUCUCUAGCAGGAGUGCACAGGAGUCAGGCAGGGCAGAGCCAGACAGAACAUUGCUGAUUCUCUAGAUUCUGUGUGCCACAUGGCUUGCAAUUCUGAAGAGUCAUAAUAAUAAGAAUAUAAGAUUUUGGUUUUAUGUGGCAACAAGCUGGAUAUGCCAGGUUACCUAUGAGUUCAAAUCUCAGUUAUACUGAUAGCAGACUCACAGUUCCCAUUUUGGAAUAUUCUGGCAAAAUAUUAACAUUCUGGCAAAAAUGUAAUUGAAUUUGAACCCUGAGAUUGCCUUAAUUUUUUCAUUUCUCUGAAAGAUUAAAAUUCUGUUUCCUGUCUUUCCAGGGAAUUCAUUCCAUGUUCUUUCAGAAAGAAGAGAUCUUGCAUCUAUAGACCUGAUUCUGAUAUUUUUACACUUGUGUAAAUCAGCAGUGGCUCCAAUGAAUUUUUAUGUCAUUUAGAAAAUAGAUGCAUUUUUCCUUUAAUGCAACCAGUUAAAUUUAAUUAAAUUUGUUUCCUAUUUAGAGUCACUCUGAAUGCCCUGACAAAAUACCUCUACAGAUAUUUCUUUACUGUUACUGAAAAAAUUCCCAUGAUACUAGAAUGAUCAUCUUCUCCAGGAUCAGAGAUAUUUCUUUCAACCAAAAGUAUCCAUGCCUGAAGCUCCAGUUAGAGAUAGAAUAAGUGUCUGCUGACACAUGUCACCAGUGCUUCAGAAUCAAAACUAGAAGACAGCAGGUGCUAUAGUGCAGAAAUAUGCCUGGCAGUCGGAAAAUAGAAAAUUGCCAAAACCAUGGCUGUCUAAAUAUGUGUUAUAAAAAGAGAUGAACUGCACAUGAACUUUGGGAGUUGUUUAUGAAAACAAGCAGAGCUUUAGGAUAUUAGAUGCCCUUCCCCUUAAUCACCCCAGAAUCUGAUAGGUGAGUAGGAGACUUCUAAAGGCAUCAGUAUCAGAGACAUAAUUCCCAUUGGCUUGCAUUUCUGUCUCUGAUUUAAUGCCAGGGGAAGUGAUAUUCAAACCCAACUUUUGCCAUUACACAUGCAGUUGCCUAUGGGGAAAAUUACAGUGGCUCUAUUUAAAGUAAACAUCUAAAGUAUCUGCUACCGAUUUCCAAUGUAACCUUGGAGAAGUGACAUGACGUAACACUUUGUUGGCUCUAUUUCUGCACUAAGUUAUAUACUACUGCAGAAGUGCACAAUAGUAAGAGGAGACAGAAUUUGUAUCCCCUUCUGCCCAUUUCCCCAUUUAUAUACACUCCUGAGAUGUAUUUGCCAGGAUUAUUGAGGUGUAAAAAGUAACAUCGUUCAGGAAUCUGAUCUUGUGGUUGGGUUGAUUACAAUGGCAGCAGCACUGUUCUUCCUUCUUGUUACCAAAUUGAUGUGGACAUAGCAAAAUGGAUGUGCUAUAACCAAGCUAAGUACAGCAGAACUGAAGAUGCUCUGAAAUGAUCUGGAGUGCAGACAAUUAACCAGAAUACACACUACCCUGAGCGUGUAAUCGGAUUAUAGCCCAUGCUGAAACUCAUGCUCCUUUGUCUUCAGUCUUGCGUGGUGAAGAGAAAUUUAGCAGAGGCCUUGUUUAAAAUGCCCUUGCACCUUUUUUGUUGAGUUGCUGACUUUUAACACAAGCAGAGCUGAUACCAGGUAUGGACAAAGUACACUUUGCCUGUGGAAGCAGUGUGUUGGACAUAAUAAACCUACAGAGGCCUUCCUGCUUAUUUUACCUGUGCCGGAGGCCAGAAAGCCGUAUUUGCUGCUUUGUCUGCUGCUGUUGGGGGAGGCACAGUCUCUGCUGGAUAACCUUUUUUCCUCCAAAGCAAAAAUCACUACUGCUACACUUAAGGGUAUCAGGAACAAUGAGCCCAGAUUUUUCGAGCUUGCUUUGUGGGCUUUUUUUGUCCCAGCUUUGCUCUGCCUUUCCCAUAUUAGGAUGAGUUUAACCUGGGCCUUUGACCUAUGAGUGGGAUCCAGCUCUUGUCUCCUAAUGAGCCCCUCAGUCUCACACAUUUCUAAUCCCUCACACUGACAGAAAUGUAGGAUUUUGCCUGAAUGAAAACUCAAGCCUGGGAUUUCGUCCAUUGUUUUCUUUAAUUUUACUGUGUUUUACUUCAAAGAGUUCAUGUAACAAGACAAGGGGCAUUGAGUUAGCAAUAUUAAAGACACAAGAAUAACAGCCUAUGUUGAUGGAUAGGAGUAAAAACCCAUGUCUUCAGAAUCUGUCUUCAUUUGCAGUGGUGCAGCUGUGCUGUCUUUGGGGAGGAGGCAGCGCUGUGGCACCCAGCCUCCAGCUCAAUUCUGCUCCCAGGCACUUGGGCUUCACUCCCAGCCAUGUCAGCUGGUGUGUUUGGACAUAACCUCCCAGAAAAAAGUCAUACUGUUGCUUUAUGAACAAGGAAAUUUCAAAUCCUCAGAGUUCAGAGGCUGAGGAUUUUCUUCAGGAGCGUUCAGUCAUGUACUUGGGCAUCUUUGUUCACUUUUUAGAUAAUCUUUGAAAUUUUCACAAAUAGCCUGAGUCCCAUUAUUUAUGUUAUGUGGGAGCAGAAUAAGCACCCAAGUAAUGUAUUCACUGAGACUUAGAGCUAGACCAUAUAAGGAGAAAAAAUGUGUUUUCCCUGAAACCUGCUUUGGUAUUUACUAUAAAAUGCACUCAGAGCUAAAAUCUUUAUGCUGAGUGUGGAUUUCAUCACAGAUAAAACCUUAUUGUUCUAAGGAGGAGAGUGCUGACUAAGCAAAGGAUGUGUGAAUCCUCAUAUCAUGUCCUUCGUCUCACUGAUCCUCUUAUCAGCUGCUCUGCCCACAAAAAUAUGUCACUCCUGCUUAGUGCAUUCGAAGACACCCUUCUGAUAGCAGAAUUUGCCCAGUUUCAUGCUGCGUGAGUGAAGUAUUUGGUGGCCCUUCUCCAGUUACACGUGGGGACAAAUGUUCCCCAAAAUGUGAAUUUUCUGUCUAUGGGUGGUCUCAGCCACUGUCCACAGACACCUCCAAGCACAAGUACCCGGCAGGGCAGUGGUAUGUGCGUGAAGCUUCUGCCCCGGGGUCUCCCUCACCGUGCCAGAUGAAAGCAAUUUGACACGUAGUGCAACAGGAGAGUUACUGUGGUAGGCAGGGACACGAGGAGCAAGCUGAGCUCCUCCGGCCUGCAGCUCAGCAGGGGGAGCAGCUAAAUUUCACUAUGCUGGCUUCAGGGUCUCCUGUGGACUUUCACUUGCUGGAUCAUUUUUGUCACACACGGUCCCUUCCCUCACCCCGCACUGACACUUGCUAUGGGCACUCCCAGUGCUUUAUAUCUGGGCCGAGGUGGUUUUGGACCUUCCUUGCUAGCCUUAUGCCAGGGAUGAGUUUCCCUGUGCAAGGGAGAUUCUCCAUCCAAUUUCAAGUGCUUUGCUUUGCUGAGACACAAAGUAUCUUAACAGACUGGAGGAUCUGAUCCAGAAACCUUAUAAAGUAGCAGGAAUAUUUGGGUAUAUCCCAAAGAAAUUAUUAUCACCAUUCCCAGAAUGCAAGACAGUAGGAUUACACAGUGCCCAAUAAUCCUGCACUUCAUAAAUGAUAAUGUAUUUAGAAUACAGAAAAAGAUUGCAGGGAGGAGUGGUGUGCUUUUAGCUCUUUAAGAGAGCUGUUAGCAAACAAAACUGCUGCUUUCAGCAAACUCCCUUUACAAAGCAGUUUAUGAGGAUCAAUUUGCCAGGCUCAAAAUGAUCGUAUUAAAAAAUACAACCCUGAAAACUGGGUCUGGAAGGCAGCAAAGAAUCUUCCUUUACAACAUGGACGCUAAUAAAAGAAACCUAAAAUUGCCUAUUGUCAUAGCUUUAAUGUUAACACUGGCUGCUUUGGCAAGCUUUAAAGACUGGACUGUACUAUAAAACCUAAAAAUGUCCUGGACUUGGAGUUGUUUACACAAAAUAUGAGGAGAUAUAAAGUUACAGAGCUGGGGGUUGGAAGAGAUGGCUUUAAAACCGUCCUCCAUGCACUGACGUCACGUGGAAGCCAGCUGCUGGGAUGAUGCUGAACGGAACUGUUUUUCAGUUUGCAAAAGUUGUGGAGUUAUUCAAAGAGAGUUGCAAAUGCUGCCCCAGUUGAAAGGUUGUCUCUUGCUUUGUGUUCUUAUUUCUUUUAAAGAUCAAGAUUCACAGAACUGGAUCCCAGCUAGCUAUGCAUUUCAUUGCUUUCACUGCUGUUUAGAAAUGGACUGAAAAACUUCUAAAGGAUUCCAUGAAAGGAAACAUUCAGGGAAGAAAGAAAAAAAGCAGAGCUAUCUUCUUGCUAUUACACAGACUGUAACCAUGGACUUGCGUAAACAACUGGAGAAUACUGAGAGGAACUGGAAUAAAGAGAAGAUGGAGUUGCUGGAGAGAUUUGACAACGAAAGGAAAGAAUGGGAAUGUCAAUGGAAGGUCAUGCAGAAGAAAAUAGAAGAGCUUUAUCAGGAGGUAAAACUUAGAAGAGAGAACAAUAUGAACGUCCAUGAUAAGGCCAUUCAGAGCAAGAUGAUGCAGUUGUCCAUUCAUUCCCCUACUUCGGAAGAGAGUGACACAGUGGAGCUGAACUAUCAACACAAUGUGGCAAAUGACAGGAUGGAAAAAGGGAGUUUGCUCUGUAAGACAGGACACGAAUGUAAAGAAACCAGAGCCAAGAGCAGAAACAAUACUCUGUUAAUGGACAAUCUGGCCUUUGAGAACUGUGAGGAACCUGAAGACAGCCUCAGCAUCAAAACUUCCAAGAAAAAUGCCAAGAAUUAUAUUGGUGAUCUCAAUGUAGCUCUUAAAGAACUUGCCAGAGUCAGUGAAGAAUUAUGCAGCUAUCAAGAAGAAAUUCGAAAGAAGUCCAACCACAGAAGAAUGAAGUCACUUCCUUUCAUGGGGGAAUUUGAGGAAACCCAAACCACAGUUAUUCUGCCUGAGAUGAACCAUGUGUCCAGCAAUGAAUCACAGACUUCAGUUGCUUUUGAAACAGAGGAACAUAAUAAUAGGAAGAAUCUGAUGACCUCCACCAAGACUUUGAAGGACAUGUCUUAUGGUAGUCUUACUGGUGACAGAGGAACAGACUUCAGACCUUGGCAAAAGAAAGAAGCUCCACCAGUUCCUCCACGGAGCACUUCUCGGCACCUGACAAACUCACUUUCUGCAGUUGUACAGCUCUCUGAAGCACCAAUAAGAGAUUCAGGCAUCAAAAGCAAUUGCAAGGCUCAGGACUGUAGGAGCGGAAGGAAACUGAUGAAUCCUUCACCUAUAAACCAGAACGAAACAGCAGCAGCCUGUGCAAAUGAAGGGCAGGCUAUGAAAGGUCCUGUGAUGGUAACUGCCUCAAUACCUGUAACCAAAAAUGAGUGCAAUGUACCAACAGGUUUCUGCCACAACACGUGGGCCUAUGAUGUGGGCAAACUUGGAAAAGACAGUAAAAGUGAACCUUCUCCACUGUCAGCUCAAAAGAGUUGUUCAGAUGGAAAUAUGGCCCAAAGCAACAAGAUACAGGAGAAACAAAAUCCCAAGUGUCACAGCAGUCCUUAUUACAGUAACAACUUUUAUGCCCCUGCUACCCUGCACAAUGAUCUUUUGGGAGACUCUAGGUAUAUUUUGGGAAAGACCCAAAGAAAUGAAACUUUAGCGGCAAAGAUCGAUGAGUUUAACCGCACUGUAUUUCACACAGACAAACGUAACAACGCUUUGCAAGAAAACCAGGUGCCUCGAACAGCAUCAGAAGAUCACACACCCUGUGGCCCACUGUGUGAGUCUGCUAUUAGCAGGACAGAAACUGUAAAUACAUCUUGUGUUUCAAAUCCCAAAUUCUCUGCAGCAAAGGAGCAAGAAAGUAGCAACACCAGCAAAGCUGUCAGAACAGCAGGGCAACAAAAGCAAAUAAAUGGACUUCCAAAUACUAGUGGUUAUAGACACAUGCUUCAUGAGCAUGACUGGAGACCAAGUAAUUUAUCCGGUCGCCCGCGUUCAGCUGACUCAAGGUCUAACUAUGGUGUUGUUGAAAAGAUUUUGAAAAACUAUGAAAAAUCAACAGUGACUUCUCCAUGUAAUGAAAAAUGCUGCAAAGAGAAGUGUACACGGGCAAAUUCUGAAUUCACUGAUGUGGGUUGUGAGACAUUGAGUCAGUAUUUAGAAAUGCUCCAGAUUGAGCAAGGAAAGCAACAAUUUCCGAGGAAUUCAGCCAGGCAUAUUGGGCAGCAACUCAAGCAAGGAAAAGAGAAACAAAAGUUACCAGAGGUAUCUGUGCCAGCUAAAUGUUCAAGUGGGAAGGGUUUCUCCCGGCCCGCUCGGCCAGCAAAUCGACGCUUACCUUCCAGAUGGGCAUCCAGAUCACCGUCAGCACCACCUGCUGUGAAAAGAACAGCGUACAACUGCUCUGUCUCCUUUCGGUCAGAGACCUCAGUAGUCUGAACCCAGAGCUGGGUUGGAUGGUGUUGUGAAAGCUCUACGCCUCAUUGUAACUGUGUUCGGUAUGUGUCAUAGCAACCGGUUCUACACUGUCGUAUCGUGUCCAAGAGUGACCCCCACCACAUGCCGGACAAAGCAUUUUGAAUCUUAGGUCAUCAUCACCACAGUCUUCAGUGUUUUUAUUGAGAUGAAAUAACUAUACCCCUGGUUUUCUCUGUUUUUUUGGUAAUAGCUCACAAGGAAUUUCUUUUGAAUGGCAUCUUCCUUAAUUUGCCAAUCAAUUUUGAGUUGAAACAAUGUAUAGUGCUGUAUAUUCUGACUCUUCUGCAAACAGCAGAACGUAAAGCUGUAUGCAUGACCAUGUGUUCGUAGGUGCAUGUGUUGGACUAGGAAGUAUACAGGUCUGUAUUUAGAAGAGACAAACUGUGCUAGUGUUGACAUUGAAAUUACAACCUAUAUGCCUACGUAUAUAUAUACUUUGUGUUUAUUUUAAAAAGUUUGAAAUAUACAGUCCUGAUGACAUUUAUAUUUUGUAUAUCUUUUACAUAGGUUCACAGGUGUAGUAUUUAAUGUACAAAAACUAAAUAUGCAUUUUUGUGACUGAUUGCAGCGAUAAUGCCUUGCACAAUAUGUAUCUGAAGCAGACUAGCUCGACUGAUUAGUCAGUCAUGCUUCACGGCAUCCUCAUUUGGUUUCCUAACCCUUAUGAUGCUAGGUCAAAAUACCCAAACAUAUUUUUUCUGAAUUAAAAUAUUAUAUGAUUUGUAAUACGUUAGCCUUUUUCAGCACCAGAGACAUUCCUGAAAUAUUGCAAUCCCUUUAAAAAGCUUAAAUGUGCCAUUAUAUAUAUAGCAUACUGUAAACACUUCAGUAGUUUCAACUAGUGUAACAUACAAUUUAUGAAGGGAAGAAAAGGGUUGUAUACGCUCAAUUCUGUAAAACUUAUUUUUCCUUCUAGGAUUAUACUUUGAGGUUUGGCAAAGUCAGAUAACAAUGGGCUUGUUUACUUUCACUCAAGGAAGGAGAACAAGGGCCGUUGUUGUUCUUCCCAGUGCUGCAGCCACACUCCUUUUUUACUCUUCUAGACUAGGGUGCCUGGGCCACUUGCUAACUCACUGCUCCCGGACUGACUCGUGGCAGUCAGUUACGAAGUUUACUUGCAUUCUGGCAACCAGUUGCAUCUAGUAUGGAAAUAUUGCGUUGAGAUAUGAUCACAAUGGUGCCCGAAAUCCUAGAUGCAUGGCGUUGGAAGUACGUUUUUUGCCAUCACUUGACUCAGUAUUAUGGGCCAUCUGAAUGAUGUGCGCAGAGCCUGGCUUAAUCCUUCCCAGAGCAUGAAAGAAAUAUGGAUACUACCCAGACUCUUGCUGAACUUUCAGAAAGACGGUGUCCUUCACCCUGGAAUUUUUGCACCCUUCUCUAGGCUGUUACUGGAUGCAUAGUGCGGUGAUGAUGAUAAAUGUUACCUUCAAACAGCAUGUCUAGGGUAAAAGGAGUAAAGGAGGCACUUCUUCAACAUCAGCCUGAUCUUGUCUUGCAACUUCUCUUCUUCUCCUGGAGAAACAUAGUGUGUUCAAAGGAAUUUCCAAAAUCAUCCCAGGAUCCAUUAAUGUGCACAUCUUCUUAUGUGAAUGUAAAAAGGAUUUCAGAGAGAGUGUAGGCUUUUGUCCUAGUGAAUUGUAUGUGUGGCAAUAUAGGGAAAAUUAGUUGUGCUUAAUUUGAUAGUGACCUAUUGUCCUAUUCCUGUCAUGUUGAGAAUCCAUACCUUUUUCCUUCCUUUUAGGGUUGCCUUCUUUCCUCUGCACAACUUUGGUUUUGCAGAGAGAGAAAACAGGAGGCCAUGUGUUCUGAGCAAUACAGCCUGUAUGGUAAUAUCAGUAACUUUUCAGGCACGCCAGUAUUGGAGCAAGCAGGCAUUAGAGCCAUGAAUCCCACCUUAUCACACCAGUGGGGCUGCCUGCAUGGCAAAAACAUGCUCGGAGUAAUUUGCCCAGUCUAGACUUCUGGUUCUUUCUAGGUGUGAGUAGUGGGAAAUCCCACAACAAUUUAUGAAGGCUUCAAACAGAUCAACAGUUCAUCAAAAUUUACUCAGGCAUUAUUGCAAAGUUAUUACUGGAAAAGAUACAAGGACAGAAAAUCUUGAAGAAAAUUUGUACAGUUUGGACAGAGACAAAAAUCUGUGUGCUUGAGUCAAGAGUACUAUGAAUUUGCCUGUUUGCCCUAAUUUAGAGAUUGCACUCCAUUAACUUCCUUAGAACUAGAAAAAUUAGAGAUGAUUCAUAGUGAAUUUGGAACAUGGCUUAAGAUUCUAGUUAACUGUGGAAAUUAGCAAACCAAAAUGCCUUGCAAAUUGACCUUUUAAAUGCCUAAGUAGCUGGGCAGCUUUAAAUACCUAAGGCUGAGGAAAGGGUAAUAUGAGAGAAUUGUAAAAAGAUGGUUCUUAAUUUCAGUCAGCGUUGACCGCAAUAAAACAUCUUUAGGUUACCUUCAUGGUAAAGUUAAGCAGUUUCAUUCUGAAAAAUGGUGGUGCACUUUUGUUUGAAGUAUGUAACUACGAAAGUGUUUCCCUUGAUUAGUCAGUGAAGGUGUUUCUUUAGUUCCCUUCAGUUUCUUUGAUCGCCUUUGACAUAUGUCACAUUGUUGAAUAAGAGAGAAAGAAUCAAAUACCUACAACAUUCCCUGAUAUAUGUAAGUUUAAUGAACAGAAGGUUUUUGAAAUAAACUAAUAGGUCAAGGACAAGCCCAUUUUGUCAAGAUUUUCUGUGUCCGUCUAAUUACAGACAUGGGUUCUGAUGCCCAAAAGUAUCAAAACUGGUGAUUUUGGUCUGCAGGUGGCUACCUGGACAUACCAAUUUUAGAAAAUUGCCACUGACACUGUUUAAAUAUUCUCUUCAACUACAUCCAUAACAAGGCUAGUGCACUGUGGUGAAUAUUUUAGUUCCUAGAACUGUGAUUACUGAACCAUACUAAUGGCUUUAUUGCACUUAUUUGCUAUAGGGGGAACAGCUCUAUUGGACUUUCAGGUUCCCCAUGUUAUCUCUGACAAGGAAAUAUAGUUACCUUGGAAGCUCUGAAGCAAGAGACUCUCUACACACACACGCGCGCGCGCAAAUGAUCUAAGUAUAACUUGACCUUUCUAUUAAUCCUAGUGUCACCUAUGGAAGCGGUGAGUUUUGUAACCCUGUUUUUAAAAUAGGUUUUUAAUAUUAUUCCUCCAUAUGCUGUCUAAAGUCUUAAUGCAGCUAUAGGUUCCUCUUGUGCUCUGAACAAGUCUAAGACUCUCUUUAUUGCACGUUUAAUACUGAAAUAAAUGCAGCGGGUAGUUUUCAAGCUCCCUGCACACACAGAGUCAGCUGCCCAUUGAAAUGGGGAUGUCACUAGGAAUCAGCCGGCUGGUACUCAGUUGACAGAAGGCAUCGUUCUCCCUCACACUGGGAGAUGGAGCCAUCAUCUGUCCCUGAGACCCUUUCAGGAGCAUGGCAGAGCAGAAACACAUAGAGAAGAGUCAGUUAGACCUUAUUUACAUAUGCAACAUAGCAGGCCACCUGAAGGCUAGAAAACUGGCCUGACUCAGAGCCUCUGCUAGAGGAAGAAGGAGUAGAGGAAAAAAAAUUGCCUUUAAAACCUCUGGAUAUCAUUCCUCAAACUCAGAGUACAUUUCCACUAAACGUUUUAUCUUUCCAGUGUUAGUGACAGACUUCUUAUAUAUCUUUAAAAUGUUACUGAAAGGGUGAACUUUGCUUUUCUCCAGCAACAACACAAUUAUCUUUCACUAUUGCACAUACUGUAAGGGAGUUAGCUGUUAUAUAUAGCAAAGACUUGGCAAUCAGUGUAAUAUAAUUUUCCAGAGCAUUCAGAGCACCAAUUUAUUUCUCGGUUGUCUAUUUUAAAAAAUGUUUCUGUAAAUAGACAUUUUGUAUCCAAAUGUCUUCAACAGCAUUUUAGCAAAGACCUACAGCAACCCAGCAGGCAGGCCAUUUCCCUUAGACUUUUGUUAUUUCUGGACCACCCUAAAUUUCCUAGCAUGCAAGAACUUAUGCAAUUCUCACAGUGCUGCUAUGCAAAGAAUUUCUUUGGCUUUGAGAUCUGUAAUAUACAACUCUAGCCAUUAUAUUGCUGGUAUUCUCUAUUGGACUAAUCUGUAAUGGUGUCUUUGGUUGUGUACAUGCUCUUUAAACUGGAAGGCAGAAUGCAUUUGCUCUAAAUGCACUAAAUCAAAGCCCCUUGUUGCCUCUGGUCUUUCCACCCCUCCUCAAUUCCCAGUGGAUGUAUACUUUUAUGUGGUUUAUUGCCAUUGGUCUAUAUGUAUAUGCCGUACCAUAGGCCUUUCUAUUUGUACUGCCGUCAAAAUAUUUUUUGGACGGCCUAUUCUAAAAAGUGCUGAUAUUCCUAUUGCCAUUCACUAAUAUAUUAGAACUUGAUCUAUUGUUUUGCAUCACUAAAAAUGCACUUUCUUCAUUAACUGUUAGUGGUAUACGUUAUACAAAACUUGUGCUCUUGUUUUUUGAAAUGAUGAUUAAUCUGCUUUUGAGGUUUGCUUCCACCCCUCUCCCUCGUACCUUGUCUGUUCUGCAAAGUACUUGCGUCAGCAGAGAUGUGUUUCUGAUGUGUAUGGUUGAUCCAAUUGCUGUGUGGCUAUGGGAGCUCAUACCUAAGGGUGCCUUGCUAACAAUGUUACUCUCAAAAGAAUUGUAUCAGAAUUUCCGUGGGGUAAGAGAGAUCGAACCCCUCAAUAUGAUCAAAGUGAAAGUGUGCAAAUAAAAAUCAGAAAGAAAACAGAAGAAUCAAAGAGGAGGGUGCAACACUUGUAGUAAA